AUGUCACGGUACGGAGGCUUGUCGAGCGACGGCAGCGAUGUCGGAUCGGCAGAGAUGCGGGUCGCUCAGCAGCUCUUCGAGCUCAUUGACCUCGCGACAAAGGAGGGCGACAACGGCAGGGGCGUCGAUGUGGCAUCGUGGGUUCGCGCGGUGCACGAGUCGCAGCCGGCUUUGCGGUGGGGCGACGUCGUGAGGGCGUACGACUCGCCUAUGCGCGCUCUUCCCGACCACUUUGGUAUCCGCGCCUUUGCGACUCUCCUGCAGGUCUCUCCCGCCCCGCCACCGACCGCCGAGGACCCUCGCGCCAACCCACCGCAAACGAGCGGUCUCGGACUCGUCUCUGCUCCGGGCGGUACGAGCGCCAUCUCCGGCCUCUGGACCCAGUGGGGAAACCCUCUCCUCCAGUUCUCCCUCAUCGACCGCCUCGUCUUCCUCGCCUCGUCGCCGGCUACCCCCCCCGGUACGAGCGCCUCAACCGAGCCGCACCUGAACCUCGCCAACCUCGCGAGCGUCCACAAAGUCGUCUCCGUCGACGAUGCGGCGGGAUCGAGCCCGACGAUCAAGGCGCUCGCGCAUUCGGUGCAGAACAGCCCGUGGAACGCGCAGGAGGUCACGACGACGCUCGUCAGGCUCGGUGGGGACGCUUCGAAUGCCGAGUUGGCGGGUCGCGUGCACGAGUUGCUCGACCGGGGAUGCAAGAGCAAUCCUGAGUUGGUGUUGGUCGCGUUGACGCAGGUCGAGAAACCCUGGAACGCCAUACACGCCGAGCUCACUGCCCGGCUCCUCUCGACCUUCCUCGCCGGCCACCCCUCGCACCAGCUCGUCUUCCUUCGCCUCUCCCAGAUCGACCGCCAGUUCCUUUUCGCCGCCCUGCGCGACUUCUACGCCGAAUCGGAAAUGAACGUCACCCGCAUCAUCGACAUCGCGCAGGACCUGAAGAUGCUCGACCAGAUCCUGGAGCUGCGGCCGUUCGUCCUCGCGCUUGACUUGGCCGCCCUGGCGAGCCGGCGCGAGUACCUCAACCUCGACAAGUGGUUGACGGGCCAGAUUCAGCAGCACGGCGGACAGCUCGUGCGCGCGACGCUCGAGUUUGUCGGUCACAAGGUUCAGCACGAGCUUAGGAGGCAGGAGCUCGACCACCCGCCUGAGCCGACCACGCUCGCGCUCAACGCUGCGACGAUCGCCAUCUUCAUGCGCGUUCUCCGAGCACACCACGAGCUCUUCACCGGCAACGACGUCGAGCUCUUCAAGGAGGUCCGCACGCAGUGCCUGCAGCUUCACCCUCGCCUCAUGAACUUCUCGCCGAAGAACAGCGAGUCGGAGCCGGGCAUGGCCGUCACGUCGUUCUCGCCUGAGAUCGAGGCCGAGUGCGACGCGCUCUACAAGCGCAUGUACGAGCAGGAGAUCUCGGUCGACAAGGUCGUCACCGCGCUGCGCCAGGCCAAGGACUCGGACAACCAGCACGAUCACGAGUUCUUCGCCUGCUUCCUCCACGGCCUCUUCGACGAGCACCGCUUCUUCAACACCUACCCGCCAAAGGAGCUCGCCCUCACCGCGUCGCUGUUCGGCGACCUAAUCCAGUACCACCUCAUCGACUUCGUCCCGCUCGGCAUCGCCGUGCGGUACGUCCUGGACGCACUGCGCAACCCGCCGGAUUCGAACUGGUUCCGCUUCGGCAUUCAGGCUCUUGCCAGGUUCCAGUCGCGCCUGAGCGAGUGGCCGCAGCUGGCGCACUCGAUUCUCUCGAUCCCGCACGUCCAGCAGCUGCACCCCGAGGUGGCCAACACGGCAAGGGAGGCGCUCUUGCAGCGCGAAGGCGGCGAGAACGGCAGCUCGCUCGGCGGUCUCGACGUUGGGCCGGAGCAGGAGCUGCCAAGGGAGCCUGAGAGGCUGCCCUUCUCGGCUAUCCACGUCGAAGAGUCGGGAGGAGACCCGGAGGCGCCAGAUGAGCAGACGUCGGACAAGAUCCUCUUCAUCGUCAACAACCUCGCGCCGUCGAACUUUGAGACCAAGGUCAAGGACAUGGUUUCGCGAAUGGAGCCGCUUCACUUCGCCUGGUUCGCGCACUACCUUGUCGCCCAGCGCGUCUCGAUCGAGCCGAACAACCAUCAGCUCUACCAGCAGUUCCUCGAGGCGCUCAAGAUGCCGAAGCUCGUCAAGCGCGUCCUGCACGAGACGUUCGUCAAGCUCGCGACACUCCUCAACUCGGACAAGACGGUCCAGUCGUCGACCGAACGCACGCUCCUCAAGAACCUCGGCUCGUGGCUUGGUGGUCUCACGCUCGCCAAGGACAAGCCCAUUCGGCACUCGAACAUCGCCUUCAAGCAGCUCUUGAUCGAGGGGUACGACUCGAACCGCCUCAUCGUCGCCAUCCCCUUCGUUUGCAAGGUCCUCGAGCAGUGCUCCAAGUCGCGCGUGUUCCGGCCGCCCAACCCCUGGCUCAUGGCGAUCCUGCGCCUCCUCGUCGAGCUCUACCAGUUCGCCGAGCUCAAGCUCAAUCUCAAGUUCGAGAUCGAGGUUCUCUGCAAGUCGCUCGAUGUCGACCUCAAGGAUGUCGAGCCGACCGAGAUCCUGCGCAACCGGUCGAAGGAGCUUGCUGCGCAGCAGGCGGCAGCUGCACAGGCGCAGGCGGCCGUUCUACCCGGCCAGCAGGGCGGUGUUCCGCAGACGUCGGUCGAGCUCGCCCUCGCCAAUUUCGCCCAGCAGCAGCAGCAGGCCGGCGCCGGUGGUCACCUCGGACAGGACGUCGACGAGCACGGCCUCCGCACCGGCUUCGCCAGCGCCGCCCACCACGCCCUCCCCGCUGCCGGUGCUCCGGGAGAGGCAGCCCGCCUUCCGCCGAUGCUCGGCGUCAACCAGCCUGGCUACUCGCUGUCGCUGCAGGACACCGUCUCGGCGGCCCUCCAGAACCUGCCGAGUCUCGUGGUGUUCAACUCGCAGCUCCCCAUGUUCACGUCGAACCCGGCUCUCAAGCGCCUGAUCUGCCUCGCCAUCGACCGCGCCGUCCGCGAGAUCAUCGCGCCGGUCGUCGAGCGCUCUGUCACCAUCGCCGGCAUCUCGACUCGCGAGCUGACGAUGAAGGACUUUGCGAUGGAAGGCGACGAGAACAACAUGGCGACCGCGGCGCACCUCAUGGUGCAGAACCUCGCCGGGUCGCUCGCGCUCGUCACCUGCAAGGAGCCUCUGCGCCUCAGCAUGAUCGCCCACGCCCGCACCCUCCUCCUGCAGAACGGCUUCACCGACGACUCGCUCCCCGAGCAGGCGAUCCAGGUCAUCGUCGCCGAGAACCUCGAUCUCGCCUGCAGCGUCGUCGAGAAGGUCGCGAUGGAGAAGGCGGUGCUCGAGGUGGACGAGGGGCUCGCGCCGGCGUACCUCGCGCGCCGCAGCCACCGCGAGCGCUCGCGCGAGGCGUUCUGGGACACGGCCGCGAUGGCUGCGUCGCACUACUCGGGCAUGCUCCCCGACCCGCUGCGCCUCAAGCUCGGCGGCCUCUCGCCGCAGCAGCUGCAGGUCUAUGAGGAUUUCGCGCGUCUCCGCACUCUCCCUCCCGCAGCCGACGGACGCAACGGCGCGCUCUACGCCGAGUCGCCCGCCAUGGCCGCCGCCAACGUCCCGCAGGCCGCCGCCGCCGCUGCAGCCGCCGCUGCUGUCGUCGCCGACGCCGGCGUCCUCACGGCCCCGCAGGCGAUGGAGAAGUUUGCCGCGCUCCUCGCCGAGCUCGAACAGGCGCUCGCCGCCGAGUCGGUCCCGCAGCUCGCCGGUGUCGGCCAGGAGAGCGACCUCCGCCGCAUCGUCCAGCAGAUCCCCCUCGUCGCCGCGUCGUCCGCCUCGCGCGACGACACCGUCCUCGCCUGCUCGCAAAAGGUCGUCCAGCUGCUGUACCGCAGUGAGGGUGCUCUCGCCCGCGACGCCUACGUCUUCCUCCUCGACCGCCUCUGCGCCAUCUCGCCUCGCGUCGCCAAGGAGGUCACCGACUGGCUCGUGUACGCCGAGGACGAGCGCAAAUUCAACGUCCCCGUCACCGUCGCGCUCCUCCAGGCCCGCUUCAUCAACGUCGCCGACCUCGACCUCCAGCUUGCCAAGUUCGCCGUCCGCGAGUUCCGCGCGACCGUCGUCGACUUUGUCGCCGGCGUCGUUGCGGCGUGCCUCGCCGAGGUCCCGCCUGUCGCGACCCGCGAGCAGUUCGCCAACUCGCUCGAGGCGCUCAGCCAGGGCGUCCGCCAGGGCAAGGCGACCGACGCGGCCCGCAAGCUCCUCGACGACGUGCAAUCCCGCGGCACGACCAGCGUCCGCGAGCUCUCGCCGAGCAACCUCACUUCCGCCGAGGACGCCGCCGUUCGCGAGCAGCUAACCCUCUGCUUCGCCGAGUGGGUUCGGCUCUACCAGCAGUCGCACAACAUCGAGAAGGCCUUUGUCGACUUUGUCGUCCAGCUUCAGAAGCAAGGCAUCCUCAAGGGCGAGGAGAUCUCGUCGCUCUUCUUCCGCGUCUGCACCGAGGUCAGCAUCGACUCGUACAUCAAGAACAAGGCGGCAGGUGGCACCCCCGCGACGGGCAUCUUCCAGCCGGUCGACGCCUUUGCUCGCCUGAUCACGUUCAUGAUCAAGUACCAUGCCGACCCGACGGGCGCAAACAACGACAAGGCCAAGGUGCACUACAUGAACAAGGUCCUGUCGAUUGUCGUUCUCGUGCUUGCCAACUCGCACGAGGAGCUCGGCAUCCACUUCCAGGCCAAGCCUUUCUUCCGCUUCUUCUCGAGCUUGCUGUGCAACCUUGCGGCAAUCGAAUCGCACCUGGGCGCCGCGUACUCGACGAUCUUGAUCGGUCUGAGCCACUCGCUCAACACCUGCCAACCCUCUAUCUUCCCGGCCUUCGCCUUUUCCUGGAUCUCGCUCAUCACGCACCGCUUCUUCAUGCCCAAGUUGCUGCAGAUGACCGAGUCGCGCGACGGAUGGAACGCCUUCCUCCGCCAACUCGUCUCGCUCCUCCGGUUCCUCGCGCCGCACCUCCGCCUCGGCAAGCUCAGCGAAGUCGUCAGGACGCUCUACAUCGGCACCGAGCGCCUCCUCCUCGUCCUCCUGAAGGACUUCCCCGACUUUGUCGCCCAGGCCGCGCCCGCCCUCGUCGAUGUCCUCCCGUCGAACGCCGUCCAGAUGACCAACCUCGUCCUGUCGGCCUUCCCGGUACAGGUCGCGACGAGGCUGCCAGACCCCCUUAUGCCCGGCCUCGACCUCGAGUCGCUGCCGGAGGCGCAGAAGGCGCCCGCGUUCCUCGCCGACUACACCGCCGCGUUGACGGUCUCGGGCAUCCUCCCCGUCCUCGACCAGUACCUCGUCAGCGGCGAGCCGGCCGACUUCGUCUCGAUGGUUCUCGCACGCCUCGACCGCCCGAGCGCAAAGGUCGAGCGGGGCGAGCCGGCGGUGAACGUCCCGCUCGUCAACAGCCUCGUCCUCCGCCUCGGCGCGACUGCGAUCAACCAGCACAAGGCGCAGAAGGGACAGGCCGGCUUCGACGCGUCGAGCGAGUCGUUCAAGACGCUCCGCCAGCUCGUCGAGCGUGCCGCGCCCGAGACGAGGUACUACCUCCUGCUCGCCGUGGUCAACCAGCUGCGCUUCGUCUCGAGCCACACGGCGUGGUUCAGCAAGGCGUUGCUCACCAUCUUUGCCGAAGCCGGAGAGGACGACGCCACGAAGGAGACCUCGCGCGUGUCCGAGGCCAUCCUGCGUGUGGUCCUCGAGCGCAGCCUCGCGGCGCGCCCAGUCCCGAUGGGCGUGCAGCACUCGUUGAGCCAGCUCCUGCGCGACCACGCCUCGACGGUCGAGAAGGUCCUCUCCCGCCUCCCGAACGACGACGCCGGCGCGCGCGCGCUCGUCUCGCACUUUGCCCGCCUCGUCCAGUCUCCUCCCGCCGGUCCCCCUGCCGCUGCAUAG